UCUUCCUGCAACCGAGUUCACGACCGAACCGCCCAUUGCACGUUAGAACCUUAUGUACCUCAAUGGUUAGAAAUCAUGUUUGCUUUUGUCAAUUUGUGAGAAGCUCUUCAACUGUUGAAAUAUAUUAAAAUGGCUGAUGAAGACAAGCUUCAGCCGUUAAUGUUUCUUAUGACCUAUAUGCUGAUGAAGCGCCGAAGAGACAUAAACAACGCGGAUACACAGAGACUCAAUGAGGUGAAGAGACGUAUCCGCCACAGACAAUACUUCUUCCAAAGACAGAGGCGAAUGCUCAUGAUGCUGACAGCUCGAGACGUACGCUGCAGCUGUGACAUCCGUACCCGACCCUGGACCAGCACGGAGUGCACUGAUUGGUGGGAGCGGGUAGUGAUGACUGAGUUCCAGCCCUCUGAUUGGCUGGAGAAGUUCCGCAUGAGCCGGGAGACUUUCUUCUUCCUUUGUGGCAAGCUGAAACCCCGCCUGGCUCGCCAGGACACCCACUUCCGCCGGGCGCUUCCGCUGGAGAAGCGUGUGGCGGUUGCCCUGUGGCGGCUGGCGUCCAACAUUGAGUACCGCACCAUCAGUGGGCUGUUUGGCGUGGGCAGCUCCACGGUGUGUAAGUGUGUGAGGGACGUUUGUCACGCCAUCGUCACACUACUCCGGCCCGUCUACCUAUGCUCGCCCAGCGUACAGGAAGUAGAAGACUCUGCACGUCACUUCCUAUCUCGCUGGGGCUUCCCCCACUGCGUGGGCGCCGUGGCAACCCUCCACACUGCCAUCCUCACGCCGUCCGCUAACGUGGCCAACUACGCCAACCCAGAUGGGUGGCUCUCUGUGGUCUCCCAGGUGGCUGUGAACGGGCUGGGUCAGUUCUGGGACGUCUGUGCUGGUUUCCCUGGCAGCACUGAGCCGACAGCCAUCUUGCAGAACUCAGCACUUUGGGCGUCGGCCUCUGAGGGCAUGCUGUCACCUGAUCCACCCCCGAGCUUCAUGGGAAAACCCCUGAGAUAUGUGUUGUUGGGGGAGCCAGGGUACCCCCUCCAGCCCUGGCUGAUGAAGGCCUAUUCCAAGAAGAAGAAGGAGGAGGAUGAUGUGGAGGAGGAGGAAGGGGGGCACGCGGAGGCCCAGAGGGCCUUCAACCAGCGAUUUGUGCGGGCGUGGCGUGGGGCGGCAACGGCGCUUCUUCGCCUGCGGGCGCGCUGGCAAUGCCUGAGCAAGAGGAACGACUGCAGCCUGGACGUGGUGCCCACCAUGAUCCUGGCCUGCUGCAUCCUGCAUAACGUGUGUGAGGCCCAUGGAGAUUUGUUCCGCGGGGAAUGGCAUGGCGAGGUGACCAAGGGUGAGAACCCCCAGCCUGGUCACACUGCGGGACACGCCCCCUCUCCCUCUGGAACUUCAGACCACCUCCAGGGUGAGGAGGUCAGAAAAUUGUUCUGUCACUACUUCCAGCAAUCACAACUACAACAACAGGACUAAUGGAAUGGACAGUGUUGUGAUGGGGAAAGUAUAGAAUUCUCCACAAGAUUCUCACGACUGUAUACAUAGCCCUGGCCAGCAUUCCAGUUACUGUCCCUACAAUCUCUAUCAGCCUGUAUUCAUAAAGCAUCUCAGAAUAGUAGGUAGUGUUGAUCUAAGAUCAGCUUGGCCUUUUUAGAUCAUAGUGAACAAGAUUAUGGACAGGGGGGACCUGAUCCUAGAUCUGCACUCCUAUUCUGAGAUACUUUCUCUCGCUUUUUUUAUUUUUUUAUUUUUUUCUCUCUUUUUCUCUCUUUCCUCUCUGUUCUGUUACUGUUUUUUGGGGGGUUUUGUUCUCUCGUAGGUUGUUAGUGUGUCUAAAUAGUUGUGUAGCUCAGUGUUCAUGUGCAUAAGGUGUAUAUAGUCAUUAUUUUUAUUGAUGCACAAUACAAGUUACAUUUUC